GGACCAGCCGCAGGAACGACGCGGCUGGCGCAAAACCGCCUUACCUGACGUCGCGCGUGCUUAGUAUUGGAACUGUGCGCUGCGCAAACCAGCUGCGAGACCGAGAAACGCUGGUAGAUUUAAGUUUCGGCCACUGCGCUGCGCACACGGCUGCUAGAGAACCGCCGCGCCGAGCCACAUAUUUAAAUUUCGGCAGGACAGCAGGGAUGGUCCUCUCCACCUCCUCGGAAGACGAGGCGCCGCCGAAACAAAAGCCCAUAACCAAGCCCAAACCGAAACCGAAGCAAUCGCUCGGCGCAGCUUUAACCAAGGGCAGCACCAUCGUCACGGCCGAGUCGCUCCUCGCCGAAAAGCCCAAAGUAGUAAAGGGCCUCAGCGGCGCUGAAUUAAGGCGGCGCCGCGACGAGAAGCGCCGCGCCGCCGCCGAGGCGCGGCGGCGCAGCGCCGCGGGCGCCGCGGCGCCCGCGCCCGCGCCCGCGCCGGCCGCCGCGCCGGCCUCCUCGAAGAAGAAGAAGGCCCGGUCCAUUUUAGACAGCGACUCGUCGGACGACGCACGGCCGCCAAAGCCGCCGCCCGCGAAGAAGGCCCGCCCGGCGCCGCCCUUCGAUGGAGCGUCGUCGUCCGAUGAAGCACCGGCACCGAAGGCGAAGCGCAAGCCCCCGGCGCCCUUCGAUGGAGAGAGUUCCUCCGACGAGGAAGAGGCUCCUCCACCAAGACCGCCCCCGAAGCGCAAGGAGCGUCCGAAGAAGAAGCCCAGGGGCCCGCGGCCGCCGACGCCCCCGCCCGACCUCGACGCGCUGCUGGGCGGCGGCAUUCAAGGCGGCGACUCCGACGACUCCAUGGGCGGCGGCUGGGACCCCUGGGCGGCCCAGAAGAAGAAGAAGACGGCGGCGAAGAAGAAGGCGCCCCCGAAGCCGCGCAAGGGCGGUUCAUCGAGCAAGGGCGGCUCGUCGCGAGCCAAGACCGAGAACCUCUCGUUAUCUUCCGGCAGUGAGUCCGACGGCCCCGUGCCCGACCCACAAAGUGACGCCUUCCGCAUCACGUUCUUCGACGCGCCUGGUAGGGGCGAUCUAGUCAUUGAGGGCGAGGGCGAGCACUGCGGCGGCGGGUCCAUCACCGUGCCAUCGACGAUUCAUAGAUAUCUGUUUCCUUACCAGGUCGAGGGCGUGAAGUGGCUCUGGCGCCAGGCGUCGUCCGGCCGAGGUGGUAUUCUCGCGGACGACAUGGGUCUGGGCAAGACGCUGCAGACCGUGGCGUUUUUUGCGGCGUUAUUGGGGUGCACGGGGUCUCGAAGAACAGAUAGCGCGGCUGCUAGGAAGCGGCGUAGAGCUGCUAGAAGAGGCGAGGCGCCGGACCCGGAUCGAGCACCUGCACUCGUCUUAGCUCCGACCUCACUCCUAGAAGGCUGGAAGCGAGAACUAGCAAAGUACACGCUGUUGAACGUCAGUGUCGCGAAGACGGGCGCCGAGGCGGCGCAAGCCGCGCGAGAUGCCAAGAACGGCGCGAGGGACGUCCUCGUGACGACGCACUCGCUGGCCAAGAACUUGAGUGACAGCGGUCCCGACCGGUGGAGCUGUGUGAUUGUGGACGAGGCCCAUGGGUAUAAGAACCCCGCGUCGAAGAGGUAUGAAGAACUAAGAGCCAUCCAAGCGAGGGCCGACGUGCUUUUUGGCCUGACGGGUACGCCUCUGCAGAACAACAUGGAUGAAUUACACGCAUUAUUAUCAUUAUGUACAGAUGCGGUGCUCGGGAAUAAGUCCGACUUCAAGGAGACUUAUGAAAAUACCAUCGCAAGAGGGGAGCAACGGGGCGCGGACCGGAACGCGCGCGGACUAGCGUCGGAGCGUAGAAAGCAAUUGCAGCGCAUCACGUCCAAAUACAUCCUCAGAAGAACCAAAGAGGAAGAGUUGAGUGAGGAGUUAACUCAUGGGAAAGAAGAAAAGAUCGUCAUGUGCAAGCUAUCGCCCUUACAGGCUACCUUGUAUCGGAAUGUGGUAGAGUCGCCGGACGUCGAAUGCUUGAAACGAGCCAAAGAACCAUGCGAUUGUGGGAGAGAAGGCGAGAAGCGGGGCAAGUGCUGCCAUCGCGCGGAUUUGUUACCAAGAAAACUUGGUGGUGACUUCGAGGCACGGUGCUAUUUUGCUUCUUCAUGUAAAAACGGCGACGGCCAGCCCUGCGAGAAGUGCCCCCAGUGUUAUACUUUUUCUGUGAUGUCCAAACUCAGUAAAAUAGCGAACCACCCCGAGCUCAUUAAGUUGGAUGCUAAGUACCGAGACGACGAGGAUAAGGUUGCAGAUUGUAAAAAGUUCUGUACGCUGGCUCAUGGUUCUGAACCUGCUAGCAUCAUACGAACGACGCGCUGGAAGGAUUUGAGAGAUGAGACGCAGGCUGGUAAGCUGGGCGCAUUGCAUGGCUUGCUGGACCGCUUCGACCGCGAAAGUCCGCCGGCCAAGGUGCUGAUUUUUUCAGCUUCGACACAGACCUUAGAUAUCUUGGAGGGCACGUUCAAGACCGUCUACCCCAACUCCGUGCGCAUCGACGGCGCCACAAAUGGUGCUCAAAGACAAAAAAACGUCGACAAAUUUAACAGCGACCCGCAAGUGUUCCUAGCUUACAUCUCCACAAAAGCCGGCGGCACGGGUUUGAACUUACAAGCGGCGAAUAGAGUUGUGAUAUUUGACGUGAACUGGAACCCGACCUUCGACGCGCAAGCGCAGGAUCGAGCGUAUAGACUCGGCCAGAUGCGCGAGGUCCGCGUCUAUAAAUUGGUGUCGCGGGGUACGAUUGAGGAAUUGACCUUGAUGCGGCAGCUCUACAAGAACAAGGUCACGGGCUCUGCCAUCGAGGCGAAACAGCGCAAACAAGGCGAAUAUGACGAUCGGCGCUUCAAGGGCGUCAAGGGCAAAAGGGAUGGGGAACUCUUUGGAUUGGGCAAUUUGCUCAAGUACUCGGAAGACUCGUCGUUCCUGAACGAUAUACUGGAGGCCGAGGGCGACGAGAUCGACGAAGAUCAAUUGGGGGAGAAGCUGUCCGAGAAAAAAGAUGAUGUUCACGUGCAGGAGCUCAUGGGCCAGAGGGAGGAGGAGGAAGCGGCGAAGGAGGCCGAGGCGAAGGCGCCGUCGCCGGCGCGGAGGCGCGGCGCCAAGGCUCCGGAAGCUGCGGCUGAGGAGGCGAAGGCACCUGGGUCGCGGAAGCAUUCCGCCAAGGCGCCCAUGACGGCCGCCGACGAUGACGCGGCGCCGGCGCCCGCAGCCCCGAAGCGGAGUAGCACGGCGUCGGCGCCCUGGGGCGACGUCACCAAGGACGAGGCGGACGUCAAGGUCGGCGGCGACGACUGGGACGAUAGCUCGAGCGACGACUCUUAGUUUGUGUCUGUUAACAUUACUCACAUACGACGCGGCGGCCGCGUCCUGGUCGCGGCGAUGGCGUGCUCGGGGG